AUGGCGGACCUUGGCGCAUACCCGCCCAAUAUGGCACCUCAAAAUGCCCUCAUAGCUCGAAAUGCAGAAGGUCCAGAACAUGCCGUGGUUCAAUACAGCGCCGAUAAUUUGGCCCGCGCAACACAGGGUCCUGCGAAUCCUUUCAAAGACGAGAAAAAUUCACUUAAGCGCAAAAAUGUACUUACUGGGCAUGCAGAAGAGACCUAUAUUAGUGAACAUACGUUUCGAGAUCAAUAUCGAGCGGUGGAACGAAGAGGGAAUCAUCUUUCAGGUGCGGAAGCCAAGGAAGAAGCAGCUAGGAUACGAAGUAAAAGACAGAAGAAGGGGGAUUCAAGUAUAGCAGAAGGUGAUAACGCGUAUGUUGGACCUUGGGCAAAAUAUAAGAGGGAAGAAUAUGAGGAGGUUAACGAAGGUGAACCAUUACGAAGCGACGAAGAAUACGAAGAAAUUGAAGAGGAGGAGGAUGUAAUAGAGAGCGGAACUGUUAUUGCUGCACCGCCGCAAGCUUUAGCGAGACGUCAAGAGGUCGAAGAAUUGGGCGAGGAGACAACGACUUUCGAAGGAAGCGAACAGUAUGAUUAUCAGGGACGAACAUACAUGCAUGUUCCGCUGGAUCUGGAUGUAGAUCUGAAGAAGGAGGCUGGAAGUUUCAAGAACUAUGUGCCGAAGAAGAUGAUACACACUUGGAAGGGACAUACAAAACCUGUCGUUGGAAUACGAUUCUUCCCCGAAUCUGGGCAUCUACUUCUUUCAGGGAGUGCCGAUACGACAGUCAAAAUUUGGGAUGCUCAUCAUUCAAGAGAGCUAUUACGAACAUAUUCAGGCCACACGAAAGCUUUAACAGAUGUUGCAUUCAAUGCAACUGGUACACAAUUCAUCUCUGGCUCCUACGACCGCAUGAUGAAAUUAUGGGACACGGAAACAGGUCAAUGUAUAAAUCGGUUCACAACUGGCAAAACUCCUCACGUCAUUCGUUUCAACCCCGAUCCCGAACACAGCAAUGAAUUCCUUGCCGGUAUGGCAGACAAAAAGAUUGUACAAUUCGAUACCCGUACUCGCGAACUCGUACAAGAAUAUGAUCACCAUCUUGCAGCUGUCAAUACUAUUACAUUUGUGGAUGAAAACCGACGCUUCAUCACCACAUCUGAUGACAAAUCGUUACGCGCUUGGGAUUACAAUAUUCCAGUCCCUAUCAAAUUUAUUGCUGAACCACACAUGUACUCCAUGACACGUGCAUCUCUACAUCCAUCUAAAAAAUGGGUGGCCUAUCAAUCGUCCGAUAAUAAUAUCUUCGUAUAUGGAGCUACAGACAAGUUCCGUCAAAAUCGAAAGAAAGUUUUCAAGGGACACAACAAUGCGGGUUAUGCUAUUGAUGUAGCAUGUAGUCCUGAUGGGCAGUUCCUUGCUUCGGGAGAUAGCGGUGGAUAUGUUUGUUUCUGGGAUUGGAAACAGUGUAAGAUGUACCAUAAGUUCCAGGCGAGUAAAGAGGCUGUUACUUGUGUGGAGUGGAGUCCUCAAGAGAGCUCGAAGGUUGCUACGGCGGGUUUGGAUGGCGCAAUUAGGUAUUGGGAUUAA